AUGGACAUGGAUCUGCUCUUUACAGUGCAGCGGCUCGCCGACGCCCGCGCCGCCGCCAGACCACCACCGCCCGCCCGCCCGCCACGCAUCUCCUUCUGCGAGCGCCGCGCCCAAGACAUUGCCAGGCAGGACGCGCGCCUCUACGAGGAGAGCCUGCUCCGCGAGAGGCCGCCCGACCCAGACAAUGCGCGUCUCCGCGCGCUCAACCACCGCGAGCGCCAGCGCGCGAAGAAGCACACCCGGCAGCAGGCGGAGGAUGCGUGCCGCGCGCUGCUCGACGCGGGCUGGGACCCGGCCGCGGACGUCGAAGAGAGCGACAGCGAGGAGGACGAGGACGACCCGGUCGUGGAGGCGCACGCGCAGCGGCUAAAUGCGCGCGCGGGGAGGCUGUGGGCCCAGCACGAAGAGGGGAUCGCGAGGACGACGCCGAGAUAUGUAGAGGGCUUCCCGGUGAGGCGGAAUGGUGAUGGUGAUGGUGACUGUGAAGAGUAA